CACUGAGGAGCUCGCAGUAAAAACAUGGGCAGACAAAAAACCCAAACGUCAAAGCUUCACCGACACUGCGAAAGCUGCCACAGCCGGCGCUGCAAGACACCGAUUGAGAUCUCAGUGUCCUGUGCGAUUAUUAGCUGCCGUUUACUAUGUGGCGCUGUAUUUCACCUAUGCAAGGAAGAAGAACACAUGUUUUUGUGCCCCAAUGAAAGGGUGCCCUGUUUCAAUGUUGAAUACGGCUGCCCGUUCACCAUGUGCCGCUCCAACCUGGCCAAGCAUUUGGUGGUGUGUCCCGCCAGCAUCGUCUCCUGCUCCAUGGAGUGGAACAGAUGGCCAGUUGAAGAGUCUGAGACUCCUGAGCUCUACGAGAACAUUUUAAAGGAGAACUACACUCAGGAACCUCUGGAUCUCUCCAUGGCUUUGAGGGACCAGCAUCACCUCUUUCAUUCUCUCAAAAUGAAGACUCUCUUUCCUGAACUUAUCGAAAAGGUGGCUGAGGAGCCUUUGGUUGCCGAGCUGGAGGGGGCUGUAGGAGGGAUACCAUUACAGAAUGGAGUCGAUGAAGCAUGUGCAUCUUCAAGCUUGGAAAUGGAGGAAGGAGGACUGACUCAGGAGGAACGGGAAGAGUUGGCCAGGAAUCCCAAUGUGGUGGAUCUCGAAAGUUAUAAUAUCUGGGAAAAGAUGUUCAGCAUGGAAUUGAGUGGUUGCAAGCAUACAAUUAAAUCUUUGGGGCAGACUCCCGAAACGUCUAAAGGUGGUGAGAUAAAGCCUCAAGUCAAUCCGAGAGGGUUGGAAGUCUUACAGGAAGAGCCAGAACAAAAUAUCAAUCCUACCGAUGUUCCUCAAUACAACGCUUAUGAAACGGAUGAUGAGAAAUUCCUAAUCGCUUCGUCCCUGUUUGCGUGUGACACGAGACCCAAGAAGUUCAUUUAUAAACAUUUGGUGCCAAUGAAGAUUAAAACGGUCCGCACUUUCAAAGUCCCCACCAGCUUUAAAGCCAGACAAAGUCGCAUUCGAAAUCCCUCGCAUAACAAGAAGGUGAGCGUAAGCCUGGACACAUCCGAUCUGGGAGUCGAAAUGGAUGACAUGCCAAAAUGGGACGAAGUUCAAGCGACUCUCUUGUGCUCUCUGGAGAAGGAAUUACGGGGUCACCUUAUAGCCAAAUCAGGAUCCACAGACGCCCUGAUAAUGGACACAGGAACUCAGACGUAUGAUUUCUACACGGCACCCUUCAAAGCAGAGGCGUCGCUGGCUGAUAUCACUGCUGACCGGCCGUUAAAACUUCACGUCCACAUUCAGGCGGAAAGUGCCACCAGAAGACACAACAAAUCCAGCUCUGCGUUCACAUACCUGUGCAACCACAUCUUCAGACGGGACGAGUUUCCUUCUCACUACAAAAACACCCAUGCUGACAUCCAGAGCUGCAUCAGUGGAUGGUUUGAACAGCGAUGUCCUCUUUCUUACCUUGGCUGCACUUUCAUUCAGAGGCGGUUUCAGCCCAGCUCUUAUAAAGCGAAGGUUUUCUACGACAAAGAGCUCAGCACAUUCUGUCUCCGACCAGAGGUUUCAGACACUCUGUAUGAAGGUGUACAAACUGUGACUGUGGAAAGGAAGCGAGCACGCAAUACAGAUGCUCUGAGCAGGUUACCUUUUGAGGUUCUGGUUCACAUGGCUGGGUUUCUGGACAGCUUCACCCUGUCCCAGCUGGCUCUGGUGUCUCGUCUCAUGAGGGAGGUUUGUAGCAGUCUUCUUCAUGACAGAGGGAUGGUCUCACUCAAGUGGGAGAAGAAGGUCUACUCUCAUGGUGGAUGGUGCUGGAGAGCCAAAAAGAGGGUUUGGCAGUUCAGUAACCUGUUCUCCACUGUGGAGAGCUGGAGAUUUGACAAAGUGGCUCCGAUUUCUGAGCAUCUAAAGGUUUGUCCAUACUACCAGAAGGAGAGCAAGACAGAACCUGUGCCUUUAACUGGUGUUCAAGAGUGCCUUGAGAAGAGAGCAAACAGGAACCAAAGUCUAGUCUCCAUGUUCAUCCAAAAUAAGUAGCAUUUGUAUUUUUACAAUUAUCAGUUGAUCCUAUAUUGUGACAGAAAUUUAUUUAUAUUUACCUUCUUUAAAGAUAUUCUGUGCUAUUUUAGAAUAAAUACAAUAAAAAAAUACAGUUUAAGCUUU